AUGGCCUCCAAAGCUGUUUUUCGCGGCCAAUUGAGCCGGGCAUGGGUUGCAGUUGAGAAUCCAUGUCAGCGUCUGAGCUUAAAGAGCUAUCAAAGAUACCAGCAGAUUAGAUUGUCAUCCAGCUCAACAUCCGCCCUUGCAUAUAAAGCUCUUCAUCGGCGCUCACCCCUCCCGCUUCCUGUCUCUGACACAUCGCCGCAAUGGUCUGCUCCCGCCGCGGUUUCCUCCAUUCUUUACGAGACCCCUGUUCCAUCGACAAAACCGCCGAAGCGCCAUGUGCUAAACUGCCUUGUUCAAAAUGAGCCGGGUGUGCUAUCUCGGAUUUCUGGCAUUCUGGCCGCGCGCGGUUUCAACAUCGACAGCCUUGUCGUGUGUAAUACCGAAGUUGAAGAUCUGUCGAGAAUGACCAUCGUGCUGCGUGGUUUGGACGGCGUUGUUGAACAAGCACGCCGUCAAUUGGAUGACCUCGUUCCUGUCUGGGCUGUUCUGGACUAUACAGACUCUGCUCUCGUCCAGCGUGAGCUGCUGCUGGCGAAGGUUAGCAUUUUGGGGCCAGAGGUCUUUGAGGAAUUGCUUCAGCAUCAUCAAGAAAUGUCUACUCCCGAAAGUGAUACCAACAAUCCAUCCUCAGGUGAAGCUCAGCAUCGUGAAAUGCAUAAAGUGGAUGGAUCACUCUCUGAAAUUGCCGAUUAUCAUCCAAGUAGAUUAGCUGCCAGCGAGGCUCUUCGACAUAAGCAUGAACAUUUGGAGGCUAUUACGCAUCUGACGCACCAGUUUGGAGGAAAGGUGCUCGAUAUUAGCACCAACAAUUGCAUUGUUGAACUUUCCGCAAAACCCAGCCGCAUCAACUCGUUCCUCAAGCUGAUUUCACCUUUUGGAAUCCUUGAAUCUACCCGAACCGGUCUGAUGGCGCUGCCUCGUUCUCCAUUAACAUCACCUGUUGAAGAAAUCGAAAAAGAGGCCGCUGAUGUUGUCGACACGAGCACUCUGCCCCCAGGUUAA